AUGGACAGCAACAGGACACUGUGGACCUCCGGCCCUCAUCCUCCAUCCACCUACACUGAGGUGGUGACUGUGGCGCCCACCAUCUUCCCUCGGAUAGGCUACAAUAUACUUUCUUACCUCAUGUUCAUCAACACACUGUUAUCAGUUUUCAACAAUGGUAUCGUCAUAACAGUGAUGCUGAGGAAUCCGUCUCUCCUCCAGCCUAUAAACGUUUUUAUCCUCAGCCUCGCUGUGUCUGACCUCAUGAUUGGCCUUUGCGGCUCCCUGGUCGUCACCAUCACCAACUACCAAGGCUCUUUCUUUAUUGGCCACGCAGCCUGUGUGUUUCAAGGAUUUGCUGUCAACUAUUUUGGUUUGGUGUCUCUUUGUACUCUAACCCUGCUUGCCUAUGAGCGGUACAACAUAGUGUGUAAGCCAAGAGCUGGCCUCAAGUUGAACAUGAGGAGAAGCGUCAUCGGGUUGUUUUUGGUUUGGAUCUUCUGUUUGUUUUGGGCUGUGACUCCGUUAUUUGGCUGGAGCUCGUAUGGACCUGAAGGAGUCCAGACCUCCUGCUCUCUGGCCUGGGAGGAGAGAUCAUGGAGCAACUACAGCUAUCUCAUCCUCUACACUCUCCUCUGCUUCAUUUUCCCUGUUACAGUCAUCAUCUACUGCUACUCCAAAGUGCUCACAUCCAUGAAUAAGCUCAACAAGAGUGUAGAGCUCCAGGGUGGGCGUUCCAGCCAGAAGGAGAAUGAUCACGCCAUCAGCAUGGUCCUGGCCAUGAUCAUAGCUUUUUUUGUUUGCUGGCUGCCCUACACGGCGUUGUCAGUGGUGGUAGUUGUGGAUCCAGAGCUCUACAUCCCUCCACUGGUUGCCACCAUGCCCAUGUACUUUGCCAAGACCAGCCCUGUCUAUAACCCCAUCAUCUACUUCCUUUCCAACAAGCAGUUCCGUGAUGCCACUCUGGAGCUGCUGUCCUGCGGCCGCUAUUUUCCCCGCACGCCCGCCCUUGUCAGCAUCCACAUGCACUCCAUGAACAGUACCCGGGUGACUCCCUUGAGCAGGAAUGUCAAGAUGAAUAGCAAGGUGUUGCCUGUGUGACUCUCUCUGACAAAAGCAAGAAGAAGCUGCCGUGGUUGUGGGUGUUUAUUCGGUGUCUCAUCAAGGACGCAGACCUGCACGUCUACGGGCCCCAUGUCUCUCAGAAACAUCUUCUCUGUAACCCAGAACCGAUUCAGACCAGAGACUGAUAUUCAGAAGGUGGACAAAAUAAGUGGAAGAUGACAUACAUAGUAUUUCAAUCCAAUACCACAGAAAAAAAGAAAUGUUUAUUUUGUUCAA